AUGGGUCCUCCUGUGUUCUUGGUGUUACUACUAUUCGUUCAAGUUCGAUAUUCAUCCACACAACAAGAUAAUGGUGUUCUUGGAGACCCCAUUGUUGAUUGUGCUGACAGUUACUUCGAAGUUCGGUUCGAGACUAGGAACCCGUUUCAAGGCCUAGUCUUCGUACAAGAUCGUCUGGAAGAUCCUCGCUGUCGUAGCCCGCCAGUAAUUCCUGGGGCACGACACAAUGCCAGCCUCAGACUUUCAUUUAAGGAUUGUGGAGUGGAAAGGCGAAUAUCGACAUCACCAAGAGGAGUGUUUCUGUCAGCUUCUGUAAUUGUCGCUUUUCACUUGGAUUUUCUCACCAAAGUUGACAGAAUCUAUAGAGUGCAAUGUUUCUACAUGGAAAUGGAAAGACGCUUGGAAAAAGAGAUAGUUAUCAAUAUGCCACCUCCGACUAUGCACACUAAGCAAGUUCCGAUGCCAGUGUGCAGAUAUGAAGUUCUCGACGGCUCACCUAAGGGGCCACCGGUGUUUUAUGCUACAGUCGGGCAAAUGGUUUACCAUAAAUGGACUUGUGAAGCGGAGCAGGAGGACACAUUCUGCAUGGUCGUGCAUUCCUGCUUUGUUGAUGAUGGGAAUGGUGAACGAGUCCAGCUCAUCAAUGAGAAAGGCUGCGCCCUGGACAAAUACCUUCUUACGAAUUUGGAAUAUCCUGCAGACUUGAUGGCUGGGCGCGAGGCUCAUGUCUACAAGUAUGCUGACAAAGACAACAUGUUCUUUGACUGUCAAAUCACUCUUCGAAUCAAAGAGCCAGGAGUAGAAUACUGUGAGGUCCCGUCCUGUCCCGAUCCACCUCGCCGACGCCGUUCCCAUCAAAACCUGCUAUCCGAAGCCGCAAACAAGGGUCAGGAAGCUUCGGAAUCAAGAGACUUCAUUAUUCCAAAUGACGAUAUUGAGAAGAUCAGCUGGCUGCAGAUGAACUUCGAUGUUAGACAGGCACUCCUCUGCAUGAGCAACAUCGGGCUAUCAACUAUCUGCCUAUUCAAUGUUUCCAUCAUACUUAUCUCAGCCAUCAUUGUGUUUUUAGCCGUCCGUGCCCAUGCUCUCCAUGCCAAACUUCAUUACUGAGUAACUAAUUCUGUCAUUAGUUCAUUAACGCCAUAUGUAUCAGGUCUAUUCACGACAUAAUGGUAUUUGAGACUUUGUUUGAUAUUUCUUACAUAUGUGAAAAGUAUGCUAUGCGACUCAUAUUUGUGCAAUCGAACUGCAAUCUAUUUUGUAAAACAACUUGCAAUCUUAUAAUAACUGUAAAUUAUUGAUGUUAGCUUGUAUAAAAUUUGUCAAGA